UUUUUGGCAUCAACUUUUCAUCAUGUUGUGCAGGUAAAUCUUCCUGUCAAUGUGUUGUCAGCCACGUUCCCAGGUCAUGGUCAUGGCCAGGCUUUUAAUGCACCAGAUGACUUGCCAAAGACUGUUAUGCGGACUCUGAACCAGGGUUCAUCUCCUAUAAGCUUGGACUUCCAUCCAGUUCAACAGACUAUACUUCUUGUUGGUACAAAUGUUGGGGACAUUGCUUUGUGGGAAGUGGGUUCUAGGGAGCGGUUGGUCUUGAGGAAUUUCAAAGUUUGGGAUCUUAGUGCCUGUUCAAUGCCAUUUCAGGCUGCUCUUGUCAAAGAUCCAGGUGUUUCUGUCAACCGUGUGAUUUGGAGUCCAGAUGGUGCUUUAUUCGGAGUUGCUUACUCAAGGGACAUUGUUCAGAUAUACUCUUAUCAUGGUGGUGAUGAAGUACGUUGUCAAGUAUCUAUACCUCUAAUUAAAGAGCGAAAUUUCAUUGAUUGGAAGACUCUAAAAGCAUGCUUUAAAUGCUUUUGGAGAGUCUUGUUGAUCGGUGAUUCAGGAUGCAGGGGUGAAUAUUAUCUAGCUUUUAUUUCUUGGUCCUCGUUGGAAACCACCUAGAUUUAUGUUCAUGUAACGUGUUUUUAGACUUAAUAGCAAAAAUUGUAUUAGGAAUUUGUUGUUACUUGUUUCCCAUUUUUCACGCUCUUAACCUUAGUCACCAUACUAUUUGUUGUUACUUGUUUCCCACUUUGCCAUCCUUCCUGUCCUGAAUUGGUAUAAUUCCAAUUUCAUUAUAUUAUUAUUAUUGUAGUUGCAGGAGGCAUAGCUAGAAAGAUGGAAAGGGCUCCCUGUUGUGACAAGGUGGGACUCAAGAAAGGCAGUUGGACAAAAGAGGAGGAUCAAAUCUUGACCAACUACAUUCAAGCCAAUGCAGAAGGUUUUGGAGGGCUUUGCCUAAGAAUGCUGAUUGAAAUGGAUUAACUAUUGGAGAGCUAAUCUCAAAAGAGGAAACAUCUCUAUUGAAGAGGAAAUCAUCAUCACUAAGUUGCAUGCUUCUUUUGGCAACAGAUUUAGCAUAGAGGACAAGUCAAGCA